GUAUGUUUUUAUUGAGAAUUUUUCCCUGAGACUGCUUCUCUCCUGCAGAGAAAGUAACUGAGAAUUAUCUCCCUCCUUAACUCCAUUAGCUGCAACAUUUAUUUGUUCACUAGCUGGUAAAUUUUGCUUAUCGCCAUAAACUACUAUAGUACCCAGCAUUUUAGCUUCAAAUGAUGCAGUGAUUUCAAAAUGUCCCUCCUUUCUUUCUCUCUAGGAAUCAGACCUUGAGGAGGUCUGGAGAGGGAUGUCCUCUUGCAACAACUCCAUCCCUCAGCCCUUGAUAUUUGUCCUGGCUGGAAUUCCUGGCCUGGAAUCUUCCCAUGGCUGGUUCUCUGUGCCUUUUUUCUUGGUGUUUGUUGUUGCUGUCAUUGGCAAUGCCACCAUUUUAUGUAUCAUCAGGGUGGAGAAGAGUCUUCAUGAGCCCAUGUUUCUCCUCUUGGCCAUGCUGUCAGUUGUUGACCUGUCUCUUGUCAGUGUCACUGUGCCCCGCAUGCUGGGCAUCUUCUGGAUGAAUGCCAAGGAAAUCAGCUUUAAUGCCUGCCUCACACAGAUGUUUUUCAUCCCAUCAUUUUAUGUCAUGGAGUCUGGGGUCCUUCUGACUAUGGCUUUUGACAGAUUUGUGGCUAUCUGGCACCCUCUGAGAUAUACAACUGUCCUUAGUAACAGCCUGCUUGUGAAGAUGGCACUGACUGUCCUGGCAAGGGCAGUGGCAGUGCUGACCCCAGCACCCAUCCUGGUGAAAAGACUGGAAAGCUUCCAAACUCACAUCAUUGCGUACUCAUACUGUGCCUACAUGGCUGUGGUGCAAAUAGCCUGUGGAGACCUCUCUGACCACAUUGUCUAUGGCCUUAUGGUUAUUGUAGCAUCUGUGGGAUUUGAUCUGUUUUUUAUCAUUCUGUCAUAUGGGCUGAUCCUUCAUGCUGUCUUUCGGAUACCCUCUUGGGAGGCACGGGGCAAAGCUUUCAGCACAUGUGGCUCUCAUCUUUGUGUCAUUGCUCUCUUUUAUUCCCCUGUUAUCUUUUCUGUCUUGGCCCAGGUUUUAGGCUAUCAUAUGGCUCCCCACCUACAGAUUAUCAUUGACAAUCUCUACUUCUUGGUGCCUCCCAUGAUCAACCCUUUGAUUUAUGGGGCUCGGACCAAGCAAAUGCGGGAGUGGGUGCUACGAAUCUUCCAUUGUGAAGGAGAUUGA